UGUUGCUCCCCCAAGGCAGUAGCCGCCGGCUGCCGGCCCCGGAGCCAUCAUGCCCUGGCCCUUUUCGGAGUCCAUCAAGAAGAGGGCCUGCAGGUACCUGCUGCAGAGGUACCUGGGCCACUUCCUGCAGGAGAAGCUGAGCUUAGAGCAGCUCAGCCUGGACCUCUACCAAGGGACCGGAUCCCUCUGGCAGGUCCCCUUGGACAAAUGGAGUCUUAAUGAAAUUCUGGAGUCUGCAGAUGCACCGCUAGAAGUUACAGAAGGAUUUAUUCAGUCAAUUUCUCUCUCUGUUCCUUGGGGCUCCUUGUUACAAGAUAAUUGUGCACUGGAAGUGAAAGGAUUAGAACUGGUGUUCAGGCCUAGACCUCGAUUGGCAACUGGUUCUGAGCCUAUGUAUUGGUCAAGUUUCAUGACUAGCAGCAUGCAACUGGCAAAAGAAUGCCUUAGUCAUAGAUUAACAGAUGAACAAGGGGAUGGAUCACAGCCUUUUGAAGGACUUGAAAAAUUUGCUGAAACCAUAGAAACAGUUCUAAGAAGAGUGAAAGUCACUUUCUUGGAUACAGUUUUGAGAAUUGAACAUAUACCAGAAAAUUCCAAAACUGGUACUGCACUUGAAAUUCGAGUAGAAAGAACUGUGUAUUGUGAUGAAACUGCUGAUGAAUGCUCUGGAAUCAAUGUACAUCAGCCUACAGCUUUUGCUCACAAGCUGCUUCAGCUUUCUGGAGUCUCUGUCUUUUGGGAUGAGUUUUCUGCAUCAGCAAAAUCUUCCCCAGGGUCAUCAACUGCACCAGUGGAAACUGAACCAAAACUUUCACCUAGUUGGAAUCCGAAAAUUGUUUAUGAACCACACCCACAGCUCACAAGAAAUUUACCAGAGGUAGCACCCUCUGCCCCUGUUCAAAUUGGGAGGUUGAUUGGUAGAAUGGAGCUGAGACUUACAUUAAAGCAAAAUGAAGUACUUCCUGGAGCUAAGUUGGAUGUUGAUGGACAUGUUGACUCAAUACACCUAUUCCUGUCGCCAAGGCAAGUUCAUCUGAUUUUGGACUUGUUGGCUGCUAUAGCUGGACCAGAGAAUUCUAGUAAAAUAGUGUUACCCACUAAAGAUAGGAAAAAUCGUCCCAUGCAGCAGGAGGAUGAAUAUCGGAUUCAGUUGGAAUUGAAUCGGUGCUUGCGAAGAGACUCCCUCUCAGUGGGUGCGUCGUCUGAGCAGAGUUUUUAUGAAACAGAGUCAGCUAGAACACCUUCUAGCCGUGAAGAAGACGUUUUCUUCUCCAUGGCUGAUAUGGAUAUGUCUCAUAGUCUCUCAUCUCUUCCUCCUCUUGGAGAUCCCCCAAAUAUGGAUCUUGAUCUCUCCUUAACUAGUACAUUCACAAAUACUCCAGCAGGAUCUCCAUUGAGUGCCACUGUGCUUCAGCCAACUUGGGGUGAUUUUCUUGAUCAUCAUAAAGAGGAACAACCAAUCAAAGGACCUCCAUUUUCGUCCAACCUAAUUCACCAGACAUCUUUACAAAGGACUUCUCUUCCUUCCAGAUCUGUUUCACUGGAUGAGUCCAGGCCUGAACUUAUUUUUAGAUUAGCUGUGGGAACUUUUUCAGCCUCUGUACUUCACAUCGAUCCUUUAUCACCAUCUGAAACUUCCGUGAACCUUAAUCCAUUGACUCCAAUGGCAUUAUAUUUCUUUACUUGCAUAGAAAAGAUUGAUCCAGUAAGAUUUCUGGCACAUGAUUUUGCAUCCUUCAGAGAAGUAUUUGCAGAGGCUUGCUCCCAUGACCACCUUAGAUUUAUUGGUACUGGCAUCAAAGUAUCUUACGAACAAAGGCAAAGAUCAGCUUCUCAGUAUUUUAGUACUGAUAUGUCAGUUGGGCAGAUGGAGCUUUUGGAGUGCCUAUUUCCUACUGAUUCUCAGACUGUUUCUACACACUACACGGAGCUUUUAAGUUUCCAUUCCAAAAAAGGAAAUGAUCUACACCCCUCAGCGUGUCUUCAGCUCCAUUAUAAACAUUCUGACAAUAGAGGACCCCAAGGCAGUCAGGCAAGACUCAGUUCGGUUCCUCAGAAAGCAGAAUUACAUAUCAAGUUAAAUCCAGUGUUUUGUGAACUGGAUAUUAGUAUUGUGGAUAGGUUAAAUUCCUUGCUUCAACCGCAGAAACUUACCACAGUGGAAAUGAUGGCUUCUCACAUGUAUACGUCUUACAACAAACAUACAAGUCUGCACAAAGCUUUCACCGAAGUUUUUCUGGAUGAUUCACAUACUCCUCCAAAUUGUCAGAUAUCUGUACAAGUCACUACACCAGCAUUAAACCUUGCUGUUCGCUUCCCAAUACCGGAUCUACGAUCAGAUCAGGAAAGAGGACCUUGGUUUAAGAAGUCGCUUCAAAAGGAGAUCCUUCAUUUAGAAUUCACCAAUUUGGAAUUUAAGACUGAGUUUAUAGGAGGAUCAUCUCCAGAGCAAAUUAAAUUGGAGCUUACCUUUAGAGAGCUAUUUGGCUCAUUCCAAGAAGAUAAAGGAGAACCAUUAGUUAAGUUUUUCCAAGUGUCUAGUGGAAUAAAUGGAGAUAUGACUUCAUCAGAUGACUUUGAUUGGCCACGGAUUGUGCUGAAAAUAAACCCACUAGCUAUGCAUUCCAUUUUGGAGAGAAUAGCAGCAGAGGAAGAAGAAGAGAGUGAUGGUCACUUUCAGGAGGAAGAAGAAGGAGGAGCUCAUUCUCUGAAAGAUGUUUGUGACUUAAGAAGACCAGAGCCAUCUCCUUUUUCUUCUCGUAGAGUAAUGUUUGAAAAUGAACAGAUGGUGAUGCCAGGUGAUGCUGUGGAGAUGACAGAAUUUCAAGACAAAGCAGUCAGCAACUCUCACUACGUAUUGGAACUUACAUUACCAAAUAUUUACUUAACAUUGCCAAGUAAAAAUUUUUAUGAGAAGCUGUACAACAGGAUCAGUAAUGACUUGCUACUCUGGGAACCAACGGCUCCUUCACCUGUGGAAACAUUGGAAAAUAUUUCAUAUGGUAUUGGACUCUCAGUAGCCAGCCAGCUGAUUAAUACCUUCAACAAAGAUAGUUUUAGUCAAUUUAAAUCUACAGUUCAUUAUGAUGAUGAGAGUGGAUCCGAAGAGGAGACUUUGCAGUAUUUUUCCACAGUUGAUCCGAACUAUCGUUCUCGUAGGAAAAAAAACCUCGAAUCUCAAAACAAGAAUUCUCAGAGCUUUCUCUCUGUUCUUCUGAACAUCAAUCAUGGAUUAGUAGCAGUAUUCACAGAUAUAAAGCAAGAUAACAGAGAGAAGUUAGAAAGUAAGCAUGGUGAAUUCUGGUUAGAGUUCAAUAGUGCUUCAUUAUUCUUCGUGACAAAAUAUGAAGGUUUUGAAGAUAAACACUACAUCUGUCUUCAUUCCAACAGCUUCAGUUUAUAUCACCAAGGCAUGGUAGAUGGAGCGAUUCUUCCUGCUGAAGUACGACUUCCCACUGUAACUCGCCCACAUUGGUUGGAACCUAUAAUUUAUUCAUCAGAAGAAGAUGGUCUUAGUAGAACUUCAGAUGGUGUUGGAGGAGACUCUUUAAGUAUGUUGUCUAUUGCUGUUAAAAUCCAGUCCGAUAAAUCAGAGACGAAUACGAAGGAAUUUCUUAUAGCAGUGGGACUCAAAGGAGCUACUCUUCAGCAUAAAGUACUUCCUUCUGGACUUAGCUGGCAUGAACAGAUUUUAUACUUCAUGAACAUUUCUGAUGAACCUGUUUUGGGAUAUAAUCCUCCAGCUUCCUUUACAACCUUUCAUGUUCAUCUCUGGAGUUGCGCACUUGAUUAUAGGCCUAUUUAUUUGCCAACAAGAUCUCUUCUUACUGUGGAAACAUUUAGUAUUUCCAGUAGUGUUUCUUUGGAUAAAUCAUCAUCUACUCUCAGAAUUAUCUUGGAUGAGGCUGCUUUGCAUUUGUCUGAUAAAUGUAAUACUGUGGCUGUAAACUUGAAUAGAGAUUAUGUCCGUGUAAUGGACAUGGGCCUUUUGGAAUUAACUAUCACAGCAAUGAAGUCUGAUUCUGAUGGGGAGCAAAUCCAGCCUCGCUUUGAGCUGCACUGUUCUAGUGAUGUUAUUCACAUCAGAACAUGCUCUGACUCUUGUGCUGCCCUCAUGAAUCUUAUACAAUAUAUUGCAAGUUAUGGUGAUUUACACGCACCCACUAAAACUGAAAUUAAGCCUGCAGCUGUCCAAAGGAAAACAAAGGUGGAUACCAGUAGUGGGCCAUCUUCUCGAGGCCCAGUACUUCCCGAAGCCGAUCAACAAAUCUUGAGAGAUUUGAUGAGUGAUGCCAUGGAGGAAAUUGAUACACAGCAGGCUGCUUCUCCUGUGAGGCCACAAUCUAAUGGUAUUUUGGAUGAAAAAUCACACACUCAGGAACCAUCAUCUUGCUCAGAUCUCUUCCUAUUCCCAGAUGAAAGUGGGAAUAUCUCUCAGGAGCCUAGUCCCAGCUAUGCUUCAUGCACUCAACACUUAAUUAAUGAUGCAAUGAUAGAUGUACCUUCAGAAAAUGAUGACUUUUGCAUUCUUUUUGCACCUAAAGUAGCCAUUCAUGAGAAGGAAGAAGAACCAGUAGUGAAAACAAUGGUUGAUGAUGGUAUUGUAAUAAUAGAGAAUCAUUUCAGUCUGCCUGCAAAAAAAACAGAUACUAGCAAAGCACCAUUACACUUUCCUACUCCUAUAAUACGAUAUGUUGUUAAGGAAGUCUCUCUUGUUUGGCAUCUCUAUGGAGGAAAGGAUUUUGGAGGAAUGCUUCCUACAUCUCCAGCUAAAAGUUACAUCAGUCCACACAGUUCCCCUUCUCAUACACCCACGAGACAUGGACGUAGUACGGCAAGUGGAGGAAAAGGAAGGAAUUUUGACUUUUUAAUGGAAAUACAGUUGAGCAAGGUGAAGUUUCAGCAUGAAGUGUACCCACCAAGAAAACCAGAAUGUGAGUCCAGUCUCUUAGAACAUCCAGUGUCACGCCAAGUGUUUAUUGUUCAGGACCUCGAGAUUCGUGAUCGCCUGGCUACAUCACAAAUGAACAAAUUUUUGUAUCUUUACUGUAGUAAGGAGAUGCCUAGAAAAGCCCAUUCUAACAUGUUAACAGUUAAAGCGUUACAUGUGCGUCCAGAAUCUGGAAGAGCACCACAAGAAUGCUGUUUAAGAGUGUCUUUAAUGCCCCUUCGACUCAAUAUUGACCAGGAUGCCUUGUUUUUCCUGAAGGACUUUUUCACUAGUCUUUCUACAGAAGUAGAACUUCUAAUGACUCCAGAUCCGGAAGUUAAAAAAUCUCCUGGAGCCGAUGUCACCUGCAGUUUGCCAAAGCAUUUGAGUGCUUCAAAGGAGCCAAACCUAGUUGUUUCUUUUCCUGGGCCAAAGCAACGAUGCCAUAACGGCAAUUCAGUGGAAGUGGUUAAUGGGGAGGAGGAGAAUUUAGCUGAAGCAACACUGUUUAGUGAUCAACCUGUGUUUUUUAGGGAAUUUAGAUUCACAUCAGAAGUUCCUAUACGACUUGAUUACCAUGGGAAGCAUGUAUCAAUGGAUCAGGGUACAUUAGCUGGAAUUCUGAUUGGUCUUGCACAAUUAAAUUGUUCUGAACUAAAGCUGAAGAGGCUUUUCUAUCGACAUGGUUUGCUAGGUGUAGACAAAUUAUUCUCUUAUGCAAUUGCGGAAUGGCUUAAUGAUAUUAAGAAGAACCAGCUGCCAGGAAUUCUGGGAGGUGUUGGGCCUAUACAUUCAUUAGUACAAUUAGUGCAAGGCCUGAAGGACUUGGUCUGGUUACCAAUAGAGCAGUACCGAAAGGAUGGCCGCAUUGUAAGAGGAUUUCAGAAAGGAGCAGCUUCAUUUGGUACUUCAACAGCAAUGGCUGCUUUGGAACUAACAAACAGAAUGGUUCAAACUAUACAGGCAGCAGCAGAGACUGCUUAUGACAUGGUAUCCCCUGGUACAAUUUCAAUGGACCCCAAAAAAAUGAAAAGAUUUUCUCAUCAUCGUUUAGCGCAUCAGCCAGUAGACCUGAGGGAAGGUGUGGCCAAAGCGUAUAGUGUCGUGAAGGAGGGUAUUGCAGACACUGCUCAAACCAUAUAUGAAACCGCUGCUAGAGAGCAUGAGAACCGGGGUGUUACUGGAGCGGUAGGAGAAGUCCUCCGUCAGAUUCCACCAGCUGUAGUUAAACCUCUGAUUGUCGCAACAGAAGCAACAUCAAAUGUUUUAGGUGGAAUGAGAAACCAAAUUAGACCAGAUGUUCGACAAGACGAAUCACAAAAAUGGCGCCAAGGGGAGGACUGACACUUCCAAUAUGACUCUUUACGAAGGUUAUGAAAGUGGAAGUAAGGAACGUGAUAUCCCAGUGGCAGCUUUAGAUGGGACUAAUUUAAAUUUACUGUGUUUAUCUCAGGAGCAGACGCUUUUCUUAGUUAAGCAAUUUCAUAUCAAAACUUGUAGCGAAAACCUUUGAUGUUUUUAAGGCAAGUUUGAUACUUGCCUUUAGAAAUGACUCUUACUCAUUAUGUGCGAUGGCUAGUUCCAUGUGAGUUGGGUCAUGUGCUUGCUUUUAUUAAAAUGUCAACCAUAGUUCUCUUACGAUAGCUGAAGUGUUGUUAGAAGCAGCCCUUUUACGACACAUGGAAUUCAGUGUUUUCUGAGCCCUUAAAAGUUACCUGUCAGCUGUCCUUCUUUGAUGCGCAGAACUAAAAAUGUCACGCGUUCAAAGCAGCUGUUGUGGUUGUGAGUAAUAGCAGCGAGUGGGAUUCUUGUUAGGAAUAUGUGGAAGACGAACAUCUCCUGAAAAGGUGCAUUUAAUAUUUAUAUUUUUAAGAACAGUUUGUGAAUACAUUAUGUAACAUAUGCACAUGUGCAUACACUCACACCCUUGUUUCUGAGGGAUUUUUUUGGGAAAAAUGACCAUUUUCAGACAUGUUCUAUUGUGUUGCACUUUAAAUAAUUUAUUCUGCAAAAUGUGUAGACAAUACAAGGUCAUGUGAGUUAGAAACUUAACAUUUUGUGAAGAUGAGUGAGUGUGAUGAAGGUUUUGACAAAGUGUAUUUAAAUGUAGAUGACAUUGCUCGCUUUGUUCCCGACUGACUAGAAACUGUACCGUUAGUUCUAAGCAGGUAGAGAUUUCGAGUUUGCUGUAGGGCUGGGUGCAGUGGGGGGAAGGGAAGGAAGGGUGUCGUUUGCUUUUUUGAGGUGAACCAGUAGUAGCCCCCUGGCUUUCAUUAACUGUUUCAAAGUAAAAACUUUAACAGGCUAACUGUACGUUUUAAUAGCCUGUCACAUUUGAAUGAAGUAAGUUUAUUUAAAAGUGAGAUUGUUUUAUGUGCCUCUAUAUAAUUUACAAUCUUUAGAAUAUGUUCAGAGAAAUGACACUUAUUUAUCCCAAGAUUCUUAGAAAACUUUCUCAAGACUGACUGGUUAAUAUCAAGUAAAUCACUAGGUAGGCGUGAGAUAGAAUUUGCUACCCGAAACAGUCUUCUUGGCGUUAUGUGUAUCUGACAUGAGCAUAAAACGAUAAUUACGUGUCUGGGCACCGUUUAAAUUUGUAAUAUGCUACUUCAAAUUCUGUUAUUAGGAAUUUCAGAAUAUUACUUUUUAAGUCAUAGUCUAGAAAAUUAGGUUGCUUUUCAAAUUAAGAAAUAUCAGUCUAUACAGUGGUCCAAAUUACUCUAAGAUAUUAAAAAAUGAAAUUUGAAUUUUCACUCAUUUUCUCUCUCUUUUUAGAAAUUUUAAAAGAGGUAAUCUUAGAAUUAGGCCAUCUAUUUGUGCAUCACUAGUGCAGUUGACACCAGUUAACUGCACAAGCACAGCACAAUUUUUGCCAAAUCUGACACCAAUUAAGCUAUAUAGUUUUUAUAGCAUUUUGUUAUUAUUAGGAUUUAAUCUUUUUAAGGAGAAAUCCAAACAUGCUGUAUAUAAACAUAAAAACCCCAGAGUAAGUCAUCCUUUCAAAGUGGAAUAUCAGCUGACUAUAUAACAGGUUAAGUGUUUUAUCAAUUAUGAACUCAGUAAAAGAUGAAAGUGUGUCUUACUGUACAAUUAAGACAUUUAGUUUCCAUUCUUUUACUUCUCUCUAGUGUUUCUGUGGUCACAUAAAUGCAUAGUCCAGAGGAAAAAAGUCCACCUCUAACAUGAACUCUUAAGUAGCUAACAAAAAUCUUUCAGAAAUUGCCUUUGUAAAUUCUGCUUUAACAAGUACUUGUAUAACCUCUGGUUGUAUAGAACACUAUUUGCACAUCCAGGCCAAUAGUCCAUACUAAUGCAUCACAGCAAAGGAGUGGAUAGAAUUUGCAAGUUAGUGUAAAUGAAAAUGUACCUUGGCUAAAAGUGUGUAUAUGUACAGUACCUGUAUUUGAAUAUUUGUAUAAUAUUAAGCAUCUUUAAAUAAAACUAAGUGUUCUUCCAAAUGUAUUGAUGUUUUUGGAAUUUUAAGUAAUUUUUUUUUGGAGGGUAGAGUGCUUCCCGGCUUUAGGUACUUAGUCUGAUAAAAUCUUAGUGCUUUGAUCUUUUCGGAAAAGUGCUGGGUGUUGCUUUGUGAAGCAUUCACAUCUUUUAAAUGCUUCUAGUAACUGGAAUUUACUUUUUGACUUAAGUGUUCCCUGCUUAAUUUAAUGUAACUGGUAAUUCACAGCAUAAUUUACAUCUCUUCUCAAAUCAGACAAUGUGGAUAAAGCGCUUUAUAAAUAUAUUUCAUUAAGAAUGUUUCACAUUGCAUUUAAAUACAGUUAUUUAAUGGGAAAGAAGGGGAAAGGAGUGUUUAACUUCUUGGAUACUGCUGUUGUGGAACUAACAAAUUAUCUCUUUUUCACAUUAAAUCCUGCCCCUAUUCUCUCCAUAAUUAUAAUCAUUUACAAAUACAUUGAAUGCUGAACAUGUGCUUUGUGUAUGAAAGUUUAAAAAACAACCACCAAGUUUGCCUUUAGCUUUGGUUUCCAGUUUAAUGAAAUGGUAUUCGAAAGAGAUUUUUAUGUCCCUUUAAAGUUAUUUUUUAGAUAAUAAAUUAGUAAAAUCUACAGUCCGCCCCCAUUCUUAAAGUUUGGGUUAAACUGGAAAAAAGAAAAGCAAGGAAAAUAUUUAUUAUUUAAAAAAAAAAGAAACAUUAAAAACAGAAACAUUCCCAUUUUUCUAAAUUAAAGCUCUGAACAUGGACUCUCCUCUGUUUUCUGAAUUUUAGUUCCUGUGUUCCAUUCACAUAUGUACAAUGUAUCUGGUCCAUUUUUGAUCAUGUGAAGACGGCCGAUGUUGUGCAGAUCUUUUGUCUAGUAGACUGCUUGUUAGGGCUCUAUUCAAGAAUGUGGGACAGUAGUAGCAAAAACAAGUAUGAUUUAAAUCGAUGAGUUUAAAAAAAAUUGUACAACUAUGGGGAAAGGUUUAAUAGGCAGAAGAUUUUGGACUAACGACUAAAAUGAAGGUUGAGAUUGCCUUUAAAAACAAAUUAUUGCCACAGAUAAUUGUCCCUGUGAGGUCAUUAGAGGCAGGCCGGGUCACUGGACUAGUUGUCAGGAGACCUAAGUUGUAGUCCUGGCACUGCCACUGUUUCAUUGUCUAAGAUAACACAAAUCAUUCCCUAGUUAUGGGCCUAAAUGUUCUCAUUUGUAAAGUAAGUGUAAAAGCAGUUGGACCAAGAUCCUCUCAUCUCCAUGGUCCCUUACAGCUCUAAGACACUAACUACAUACCCAUUUUAGAAAUGGCUUCUACUUCUUAAAAAACAUUUAAAAAUGUAUUCAGCAAUCUUAAUAAUGUGUUUAUAAAAGUGACGUGUAUACAUAUGCUGUAUUUAAAAAAGUCACAUACUGUUAUAGAGCAGGGCUUCUUCACCCUUUUCCAUUUCACUGUGGGGUCCCAGAGUUUCAGAAGUGCUGAAGAGGACCUGUCUGGAAGUCGGGAGGGAGUAGUUCUAGCCCCUCCACCUCAGAUUUAGCUUUGUGGUGUGGAGGGAACGGAUGAGCUUCUCAGCUUCACUUUAGUUAGCCCUGAAUUACUAGGAUUGUCACAGGACCCUGUUCGCAUUGGGGUGAGACUAGCAUGACCUUUAGGUGGGGAUUUUAUUCUCUCUUCCUCCCUCUGCUCCCCUUCCUUAAAUUAGGGGGAAUGUUCAUGAAGUUCUUUCAGUUCGUUGGGUUUAUGUAAACACAAGGUGGUAUCAUUAUUAUAUGUAUAUACUCAUGUGUAUGUAUAUAUGUUAUUUAAACGUGCUGUCAUACAUUAGAAUGGCUUUCAUGAUCUGUCCUUAAGUAUAUUAAAGUCAAGUGUAAGUUUAAUUUGUACUUCUUGGGACGCUAUCAAGUUCUAUAUUUGCAUAGUACGUGUAAAUAAUGGUAUAAAACUUAGGAAUGUCACCAUUUGCCGUCUCCAGUUGUCUUGCAGUUUAUUGUAGGGUGCACAGCCACUCCUAUUUAUCAAACUUGUUCAUUGAAAGAGUUUUAAUCCCAUUUAUUUUUCAGUGUAAUCUUAGCCAAUUAAACAAUCAUUUAUUAAUUAAAUCCUACGUCGAAGAUAGAGGGUUAUAUUGUGUAGCUGAAAAUGACUCCAGCAGCCUGCUUUGGUUUUAUUUAUAGGCAGCCUUUUUUUGGUCAGUCAUUAGCGAAUCAAAGGUAGAAACCUUUUAAUACACAGUACCGUUAAUGCAGUGAUUUAGCUUAAAAACUGGAGUGUUUCGACAUUUCAUGCACAUAGGUAUAUUGAUAUUUUUCUCUUUUUUAAAAAAAACUUUUUGCAUUAAUACUACAAUUUGAUUUUUUUUUAACUUCUGAAGAGUUGGUUUUUUUUGUUUUGUUUUGUUUUUUUGGUAAAAAAUAUCUAGUAUACAUUGAACACCAGCACUCUGUUUUGAAGGGUCAGGAGCUUAGGAGAUCCUAAGUGAUGUAGUUUCAUCCUUAGUGUGCCAGAUUGAUUUCAAAUUCCUACAAAACAGCUUUUUUUAGUAUUUUGAUCUUUCAAAUGUAUUUUUGUAUAAAAUAGAAUAAUUUCUGAUAGCUGGUUACAUUAUUUGUGUAUUAUUUGUGAAGACUGCAGGUCAUAUAACAAUACCUACCUUUUCUAUGUUAAGAAACUGGGGAGUGUGGCCAUAAAUUACCUAGCAUUCAUAAUGGAAGCUUUAUACAAACAAACAUUUUGAUUUGUUACAAAUGCAAAAGUUCAGUUACCAUGAAUAAAAGAUUAAAAAGUUUACAAGUAUUUAUUAUUGUCAGAUUAUCCUAAUAAACUGUACCUGUUCAUGUGAGUAUUUUAAAAAAUGCCUGCACUGUGUGAUUAAUGUUGUGGGAAUGGAGUAUGAUUGUGUGAUUAAAGUAUUUAUUUGGAUUGAA